AUGCACAAAUGCCACAAAUGUCAAAUUGUCAUGAUAGUGACGACAUAGAUAAACGAUUGUAAACGUUUGUGGAUUUUGUGAUAAUAAAAUAUUAAUUUGUUAAAAAAUUGGCAAAUGAUUAAAGUGAGUGGCUAAAACAUUAAUUGGGCUAAUGAAAUUAAUUGUAAUAAAUCGAAAUCAAUAUUAGUAAAGUUAGUAAAGUUAGUUUAUUUGUUUGUUGAUUGUAAUUAACAAUAAAUUUAUUUAAAUAUCAAUAUAAAAAACGACAAAAAAAAUAAUGGAGAAACCACAAAAAAUGCCCAAAGUGACAAAGGUCAAAAACAAAUCACCGGCAGAAAUACAAAUAACAGCUGAGCAACUUCUUCGUGAAGCAAAAGAACGUGAUCUUGAGAUACUUGCACCACCACCAAAACAAAAAAUAUCAGAUCCACAUGAAUUGGCAGCAUAUCAAUUGAGAAAAAGAAAAACUUUUGAGGAUACUAUUAGAAAAAAUCGUACUGUAUUAAGUAAUUGGAUGAAAUAUGCAGCCUGGGAAGAAAGUCAAAAAGAAAUUGAUCGUGCUCGUUCAAUAUAUGAACGUGCAAUGGAUGUUGAUCAUAAAAAUAUAACACUAUAUUUAAAAUAUGCUGAAAUGGAAAUGCGUCAUCGUCAAGUACAACAUGCUAGAAAUAUUUGGGAUAAAGCUGUUACAUUAUUACCAAGAGUCAAUCAAUUUUGGUAUAAAUAUACAUAUAUGGAAGAAAAAUUAGAUCAAAUUGCAAAAGCACGUGAAGUAUUUAGAAGAUGGAUGGAAUGGCAACCAGAUGAACAAGCAUGGUUAACAUAUAUUAAUUUUGAAUUACGUUAUAAAGAAAUUGAUAGAGCUAGAGAUAUUUAUGAAAAAUUUGUUAAGGCACAUCCACAAGUUAAAAAUUGGAUAAAAUAUGCUAGAUUUGAAGAAACACAUGGUUUUAUAAGUCGUGCAAGAGAAGUAUUUGAAGAAGCUGUUACAUUUUAUGGUAAUGAAAAUAUUGAUGAAAAAUUAUUCUUAUCAUUUGCAGAAUUUGAAGAAAGACAAAAAGAACAUGAAAGAACAAGAGUUCUUUAUAAAUAUGCAUUAGAUAAAUUACCAAGAGAUAAAACACAAGAAAUAUAUAAAGCAUAUACAAUACAUGAAAAAAAAUAUGGUGAUCGUUCUGGUAUUGAUGAUGUUAUUCUUAGUAAAAGAAAAAAUCAAUAUGAACAAGAAGUUGCUGAUAAUCCAUCAAAUUAUGAUGCAUGGUUUGAUUAUUUAAAAUCACUUGAAUCAGAAGGUAAUUUAGAUCAUAAUUAUGUACGUGAAGUUUAUGAAAAAGCAAUUGCAAAUGUACCACCAACAAAACAAAAAGAACAUUGGAAAAGAUAUAUUCAUUUAUGGAUUAAUUAUGCUCUAUUUGAAGAAUUAGAUACUGAAGAUAUUGAAAGAUGUCGUCAAGUAUAUAAAACAUGUAUUGAAUUAAUACCACAUGAAAUAUUUACAUUUUCAAAAAUAUGGUUAUUAUAUGCUAAAUUUGAAAUAAGACAAAAAAAUUUAGAAAUUGCUAGAAAAACAUUGGAUAUGGCACUUGAUAUUUGUCCAAGAGAUAAAUUAUAUCGUGAAUAUAUUGAUCUUGAAAUACAACUACGUAAAUUUGAAAGAUGUAGAACAUUGUAUGAAAAAUUUUUACAAUUUGGUCCUGAAAAUAGUACAACAUGGAUGAGAUUUGCUGAAUUAGAAUCAUCAAUUGGUGAUAUUGAUCGUGCUAGAGCAAUAUUUAAAUUGGCAAUAUCACAACCAAUACUUGAUAUGCCAGAAGUAUUAUGGAAAGCAUAUAUUGAUUUUGAAAUAUCACAAUGUGAACCACAAAAUGCUAGAGAUUUAUUUGAACGUCUUCUAGAAAGAACACCACAUGUUAAAGUAUGGAUGGCAUAUGCUAAAUUUGAAUUACAAAAUGACAUUGUUGAAGAGGGCAUUGAUAAAGUUGUAUUGGCAAGAAGAGUAUUUGAAAGAGCAAAUACUGCAUUAAGAACAAAUGGUGAUGGCGAAAGUAGAGCUUUGUUGCUUGAAGCUUGGCUUGAAUUUGAAAGUGAAAUCGGUGAUGAAGAGAGUCGUGCUAAGGUUUCAGCUAAAAUUCCAAGAAGAGUUAGAAAGAGAAGAAGACUUGUUGGUGAUGAUGGCUCUGAUGAUGGUUGGGAAGAAAUAAUUGAUUUUAUUUUCCCAGAAGAUGAGUUACAACAAGCUAACUUGAAAAUUCUUGCUGCUGCUAAAAAUUGGAUAAAUAAUAAAACAACAACAACUUGAAAAAUUUGUAUGUAAUUUUUUUUUUUUUAUAACAAAUAAAUAAUAAUAAUUAAUUAAUUUUUUUUUUUUUAUGAAUCAACUCUAAAUUCCUCAGUAACUUGAAAAGAACCUGGUCCUGCAUAUCUAUAUAAUGAAAAAUAUAAAUUAUUAUUAUUAAAAAAAAAAAAAUGAAUAAAAUCACAGUUUUUGAUUUAAAAAUAUAUAAAAUUUUUUAAAUACUUACACAUCAAUUAGCAGAGGAUAUAUAAAUGAGCCAUUUAAUAUUAACAUCAGCUUGAAAAUCAUUUGAUAUAGGUACUUUUAAUUUCAUCACAAUUUGCUGAGCUGUGUCAUUUAUUAAUUUUUCAAUUUUAAUAUUAUCAAUCCAAGUCAUUAUUUUAGUAGAAUCAUUCUGAAAUUUACAAAUUAAAUUUUUAACAUGUAAAAAAUCUAUAUAUAUUCAAAUUAAAUGGUAUUGUAAAUAAAUGUUUAUUGUAUAUGGAAAUAUGAGGAACAUCAGGACUACCACAUUUUAAAACAAAUUAUUCUCCUGAUGGUGACAUUGAUGCCUCAUUGUACAAACAAGGUAAACCCUCAUUUUCACUUUAAAUAUUGGAUUUAUAUCUAAUGUUGAUAAACGAUAAAAUUGUUGUUGUGAUGGAUCAUCAGCUACUGUUACAAUUAAUUAUCAAUAAUCGUUUCUAAAUACCUGAAAAAAGAAAAUGAUAUUCGAACAUACAUGUAAUACUUAUCAAGCAUUAAUUAAUUAUUUACUGGUUUAAAAAAAAGUUAAUUAAUUAAUUUAUAUACAGAUUUUUUUAAGUCAUUUAAAAUUAUUAUUUUUAUCUUUAAUACAAUUUAUUAUUCGAUCAACACCAACUGGUACUUUGUUGCAUCCUCCCUUCAUACAAGUUUAAUAUUUUUUCUGAUAAUUUUUGUAUUUACAGGAUUUAUACUGCAAAUGAGAUAAAAAAAAAUUAUAAAGAAUAACAAUAAAUGAACAUCUCCAGCUGCGUAUGUGUGUUGCUGGAUAAUAAUGUAUCAACGAGGCUGCAUCAUGCCAGGAUGUCUAAACACUGUGGUGCCACGCACCAAGUACAUAUACCUAUAUGGUAAAUCUUUCUGUAUUAAGCAUUUGGUACUGACGUAACAAACAGAGACACAUAUUACAACAACAAUUCAUAUGAUUUACCCCCUCGUUAUUUUGUUGUUAUUAUUAUGAUAAAUAUUUUUUUUUUGUUAUUUUCAAAUUUUCUUUGAAUAAUCGGUAAGCCGCUUAUGGUAAUGCAUGAUUUUUGCGCUUUUUUGAAAAAAUAUGUGUAUAUUUUUCCCCUAAAAUCCUAAUCCGACAUGAGACAGGGAAUGGAAACGAUAAUUUCACUUCAAUAGAGAUGAGACGUGAUCGAUUUUCAUGAGAGAAGCGUUCACAAUAACCUGCCGACCUUCUUUUGUCUUUUUUUUUUUUUCAUUUUUAUUUUUUUUUUUUACAUCAUCACCCUUCUUGGCCUAGUGCUCAAUGCUCAUUCAUAUAGAUUUUUUUUUUUUUCAUAUUUUCUUGAUAAAUGUCAAUCAGAUGAUAACUAUCGUUGAAUAUAGUCCAUGGCUUUUAAUGUGAUUGUGAUCUUGUGAAAAUGAGUGAAUAGAAAAAGUGAAAAUAAAGACAAAAAAAAUCCCACAAAAACACCAAAGGUGUCGAGUAUACUCAAGAACACAAGUUUACCUUUAUUAUCUUGUCAAUCAAUUGAGCUUUACCUGUGUAUGAAAAAUAAAAAUAAAUAAAUAAUUGAAAUGAUAUUGUAAUUGAAUAAUGUAUUUUUAGCUAAAUGAAUUUAAAUAAAAAC